AUGUAUUUCCCCACAUCCACCUGGAAGAAGGUCCUGAUCUCAGGGAUUGCGCCGGUGCAAUCGGUGGUGAAUCUGGGGACGGGGAUUGCGGAUCUGGUGCUCCUGCCAAUCGAGGAGAUGAAGAAGAAAGAUGACCGGCUGAGUCGCGGGAUCCAGAAAGGCACAAGCUUGUUCGCCAAGAACACGAACCUAGAAGUGCUCAAGCUGGGCGCUUGA